AUGCUAGUUUUUAACGAGACUUUCGUCCAUGUCACUGAUGUAUCAGGAAAAGAAACCAUUGCUCGUGUAACUGUUGGCAUGAAAGUUAAAGCAGAUCGUGAUGACGCUUCACGUUAUGCUGCUGUGUUGGCUGCUCAGGAUGUUGCAGAAAGGACGGGUUUUACAGCAUUGCAUAUUAAACUCAGAGCUACUGGUGGAAACAGAACUAAAAUACCUGGGCCUGGAGCACAGUCAGCACUUAGAGCUCUGGCACGUUCUGGCAUGAAAGUUGGCCGCAUUGAGGAUGCAACCCCCAUUCCAUCAGAUUGUACUCGCAGGAAGGGUGGUCAUCGUGGUAGACGUUUGUAAAUCCUUGGACUAUGUUCUAAGAAAUUAAAUAUUACAUACUUAAA